AUGGCGGAGUCCGCGGCGGGGAGUAGGCCUCCGCCGCGAGCGGCCGCCUCACCCCUCCAGAGGCCGGCCUGCCCUGGAGGAUCGUGCCGCGGGAGGAUCCCCGGGCGCGAGCACCGCUGGAAGAGAUGGGCUGCCAGCGGGCCAGCGACGCGAUCGCGCCUGCCAGCGCCCGCUCCUUGCAGCGCCCCGAUCGACGGCGGUGAAGAGGCCGGUGCCCGAUUGGAGUCCGCAAAGCCAUUGCCCAGAAGCCCGGAGGAGACCGUGCAGCAGGCCCUGCAGGCCAGUCGUUCCGCCUUUCAGGACGGGGUGGGCCGCCAGCUGGUCGAGAUGCCGCUACCUUUGAUUGGGGCCACCGAUCUGGACGACUGGCCAGGUGGAAUCAGGCAACAGUUGCAGGCAGCUGCGCCCAUGGCGGAGGGAAUCCUUAAUGGCCUACGCAGGGUUGGGGGACUGGAAGGUCGGCUGGAUGCGGAAAUACUGGACGAUGCUGACUGCGUGGCGGCUUGGACUGGACAGAACCUGGCAGCUGUAUUGUUCCCAACUGCAGAUAUUUUGAUAGAGCUAAAGCGGCGCUUUGAGGGAAAGAAGCUUGUACUGAUGAUUAACCCUGAAUGGAGAGGUGGGCAGGUGAUUUCGGAUUUCGGGCUGUUUGGAAGAAAGGAAAAGGAAGAUUUUGUGGCGUCCUUCACACAGUCGUAUUGCCUGAGGCAGUACAGGAUACAGGGGAAAGAUGUCAGGCUGCUGCGUUGCUACCCCGGAGAUUGGCAGGUGUGCGUCGGGUCAGGUGCAGGCUCUGCAAACUGCGUCGCAGUCGAGACGGAGCAGCCCUCGUACAAGCGAAUAGAGGAGAUCGUGGUGAAAGACGACGCUGGUCAGUCGGGCAGCCUCCUCGACAAGAUCAAGAAGGAAUUCGACUUUAAUGCCCAGUCCCUGAAGGGACCGGAAGGGUGA